AAAUAAAAACAUAUUUCACAAUUUUUUAAACAACAUUUUUUUAUUAAAUGUCCCACACAAUUAUAAUUAAUAAACUGUUAAAAAGAUCAGAUAAUGAUGAUGACAAGAAAAGCUAUUUAUAUUUGCAAUUAAAAUGGAAUGAUGAACAAAUCUGUGUUAAACUGUUGGAUUCCGAAAGUGGAAAAUCUUAUCAGGGUGCUGUAACUACGACAGCUAUGAAGGAAAAUGCUACCGAUUUAGAUAUAUCCUACAAUGACUAUUACGAAGAAAUACGCUCAGCAUUAUCUACUUAUAUAGCAUUACCUGGAUUUUAUUACAAGCUGGAACCUGAAAUGAAAGUUCUUAAAGUCUGGAAAUCACAACCUGAAUCGAUACCGAUAUUAUAUUUAGACAUUGAUAUUAAAGAAGUUAGAAGCAGCAAUGAGCUAUUAGAUUCUGCUAUAGAGUUAUUACAGCAACAAGACAAAUCUCUCGAAGAUCGCGUGCAAAAGGCUCACAAAUUCGACGAGAAUUCUCGGGAACUUUUGGAAGAAUAUCGAUUGUGUGUAGAAGAAAAAAAUGAAUUGGAAAGAAAACUGUUAAAGAAGGUAGCAGUAUUGUUAAACGCGAAAAAGGAGCGUAUAGCUCAACUAGAGGAACGUUUAAAAAAAUACGAAGAAAUUGAAGAUAAUCAAGAUAAUGAUUCGGAGGAAAAUGAGGACGGGCCACAAACUAGCAAGAAAAGAAGACUUGUUGUUAGGGAUAGUGAGAGCGACGAUGAUGAUGAAUAUAUGUCCGCCACACAACCGUUGACCAUACCUAACGAGAUCACAUCUAAUGAUGGAGAUUGUUGAAGUUAUUGAUUGCAUACACAUAUAAAUAUUCUUUUUAUACAUGUUUACAUAUAGAAAAACUAUAAAGAAACUCUGAAUUAACUAAGUCUGCUUUUACACAGGGCAAUUUUUCUUGCGCAAGUCUAGAGUUUAUAGGAGAGAGAGGCAAGAAGAAAGAAGAGGGGUACACACUUGCUUGUACUGGCAAGUCUCUUCAAAUUUCUUUUGUUUUCUCGUUUUCAAUAUGGCGUCUAUUAGGUUUUGCCAUACAAAAUUGCUCACAGACUUGCUGUGUGUAAACAGACGAGCAAGUUUAAAAGGAAAUCGACGAGACUUGCUUCAAGUAAACUUGCCCUGUGUAAAAGCAGACUAACUCUUCGCCCAAUAUAUUUUUUGUAGUAAAUCGCAGACACUUUGUAAAAUGGAUUUUAUAAAAUAUAUUUAUUUUUUAUGAUUAUAUAAAAAUUUAGCUAUACUCAUUAAAAUUCUUAUCCAUAGAUAAAGACGACACGAAAUUGUCAAAAACCUAACUCUUGUAACAUCAUUUUAGACAUGAUUUGUUGUAUUUUUGUUUGACAAAACGGAGUGUCUCGUUUCUAUUCAUAAUUAUCUAUUCACAUCCUUUAAAAAAAAUAUUUCAAUUCGAUUAUUAAUAAAAAAAAUUUUUGCAUGCAAAUAUCAGAAACUACUCGAUGAAUGAUAUUGACGAGAUUAGAUUAUACUGGUAAUGCGGAAUUGUCAGAAAAUUGACAAAGUAUUAAGAACUUAAAAAUAAAGGAAUUAUAAAUUUUCUCCAUUUUUUAUUUAUAAUGUGUACAUUA